CCAGACUUCAACUUUCAACCACAAGCAUCACCAAAUCCUUCCAAUCUCUUGCAUUCAUGUGCACCCUAUAGUUUGAUACAAUACUAUCGUAUAACAUAUAGUUUAGGCCAAAAUGAAAAUAUCGAGAUCACCGAGUCUUCUCUGCCUUUUCGCUCUUCUAUGUGCCAAUGUAGCUUUGGCUGAAAACAAACCAGUGACCUAUGAUGGCCGGUCAUUGAUUAUCAACGGAAAGAGAGAGCUUCUCUUCUCCGGUUCAAUACAUUACCCUCGUAGUGUCCCUGAGAUGUGGCCUGACCUUAUUAGAAAAGCUAAGGAGGGCGGGCUCAACGUGAUUCAAACUUACGUGUUUUGGAAUGGUCAUGAACCAGAAAAGGGCAAGUACUAUUUUGAGGGGAGGUUCGACUUGGUGAAAUUCGUCAAGGAGAUUCAGAAUCAAGGGAUGUAUUGCACAUUGAGGAUUGGUCCCUUCAUCCAGGGAGAAUGGCAUCAUGGAGGAUUUCCGUUUUGGCUAAGGGACGAGCCUGGCAUGGUCUUCAGAACCGAUAACAAGCCAUUCAAGUACUAUAUGAGGAGGUUUCUCAAGUACAUAGUCGAUAUGAUGAUGGAGCAGAAACUGUUCGCUCCUCAGGGUGGCCCCAUUAUUCUAGCACAGGUAGAAAAUGAGUAUGAUAUGGUAUUAGACGCGUAUAAACGUGCCGGUUUAAGGUAUGUUAAGUGGGCAGGAGACCUGGCCAUUAAUUCAAAGGCUGAUGUACCCUGGAUUAUGUGCAAGCAAAAUAGAGUCCGACCCUCGGCACCAAUUAUAAAUGCAUGCAAUGGAAGGAACUGUGGUGACACUUUCAAGGGUCCGAACAACCCAACUAAACCCGUUAUUUGGGCUGAGGACUGGACUGCACAAUUCCGAGCGUUUGGAGACCCUCCAUCUCAAAGAUCAGCUGAAGAUCUUGCUUAUGGCGCCGCACGUUUUUUCUCCAAGAACGGGACGCUCAUAAACUACUAUAUGUACCAUGGAGGAACCCAUUUUGGAAGGACUGGUGCUGCUUUCAUGUUGACCCGAUACUAUGAUGAGGCCCCUCUUGAUGAAUAUGGACUUUUGAAGGAGCCCAAAUGGGGACACUUGAGGGACUUGCACCAUGCCUUAAAGUUAUCUCAAAAGGCUUUGCUCGAGGGUGAAUACUCGAACGAGACAUUGGGAGUGGAACUCGAGGCUCGUGUGUACCAAAUCCCUGGAGAGAAAAUUUGUGUUGCUUUCCUCAACAACAACAACACGAAGAGGGAUGGCACCGUCACCUUCAGAGGGCAAACGUAUUUCCUCCCGCGCCGUUCUGUCAGCAUUCUCCCCGACUGCAAGACUGUGGUCUUCAACACUCAAAGGGUGAUUUCGCAGCAUAACUAUAGGACAUACGUUGAGUACGAGGCAUUCCGAAAGAAAAAUGUUUGGGAGAUGUACACCGAGGAGAUUCCAAAGUUUUCAGAGAGCCAAAUUAUUGGCACCUCACCAAUGGAGCUCUUUAACUUGACUAAGGAUGAGACCGAUUAUGUGUGGUACACUACAACUUUUAAUUUGGAGGAUGAUGACUUGCCAAUGAGGGAAGAUGUCCAUCCUGUUGUCCAAGUUGGCAGCGAAGGACAUGGACUGUUGGGUUUUGCCAACGGUGAAUACAUAGGAGAAGGUCAUGGAAGCAGGGAAGAGCAAGAAUUUGCUUACAGUAGGCCUAUGAAACUGCAUGCUGGAGAUAAUCAACUUUCCUUUUUGAACGUUGUAGUUGGACACCCGGAUGGUGGAGCAUAUUUGGAGCACAGGAAAGCUGGAAUGCGCACAGCUGCAGUCCAAGGACUUAACACUGGAACAAUGGAUUUAACGGUGAAUAGAUGGGGUCACCAGGUUGGUUUAUUUGGAGAGAAGCAACAAAUAUACACCCAAGACGGUCUCUCCAAAGUCCAGUGGAGAGAGUCUGAGAAGAACAAGCAGGUUACUUGGUACAAGAGGUACUUUGACGCACCUCAUGGCGACGACCCGGUGUCUGUAAACUUGACAACCAUGGGCAAAGGAAUGGUCUGGAUAAAUGGUGAGAGCAUCGGUCGUUACUGGGUCGAUUACCUCAAUCCUUUAGGAAAGCCUUCUCAACAUAUGUAUCACAUUCCCCGUACAUUUUUAAAGAAGAAGGACAAUCUAAUGGUGGUUCUUGAGGAGCAUGGAGGAGAUCCAGAGGGAAUAGCGCUUGAGGUGGUGAAGAGAGACAAUAUAUGCACGUCUGCGUCCCAAUUAUAUCAUGGAGAUGUUGAGCAAUUUAAAUUAGAGGGUGGAGUGACGCAAAGAUUCUAUGAUCUUAAACCAAUAUCUGUUCUUCAGUGUGGUCCGAAAAAAGUUAUAAAAUCCCUCGCUUUUGCGGAUUUUGGGAACCCUAGGGGCGCGUGCGGUGCAUUUGUUUCUGGAAACUGCACCAGCCCGAUGACGACCAGACAAGCUGUUGAGAAGGCGUGCUUGGGCAAGAAUUCAUGUACGUUGGAGGUGAAGCCGGAGCUCUAUGGUGCUGACCCAAGGUGCCCUGGGACAAAGGCCACUCUUGCGGUCCAAGCGAAAUGUUCACGUCGUGGGAAAAAGGCUGCUUCUUCUGAAGAUGGCAAUUCUCAAGAGGCUGGAGACUAGAAACCUUUAGUUUUUCUUUCUUUUGAUGUGUUCGUACCGAGGAUCUUCGCCUUGUAUUUUAUCUUAUACCGACAACUAAUUAACGCCAGUAAUAAUAUCUGGCGCGCGGAUGGCUUAGUUAGAAUGUGUGCUUUCUUUGUUUAAUACGAGGCAUGUUUUUUCUUUGAAGAGGAAUUAAUUGUUGCUUGAGAA